UCUUCUCAUUUUCUUCCAUUUAAACCACGGAUGCUCCAUAAGUAUCUCAGCCCUGGAAAUUAUGGAAUAUACCCUCCAGGAAAUCUAUUUCAUUUAAAUGGAACUUAGACUUCACAUCAUAUGUGAGUUUUCUUUAUAAUUAAUUUUUUCAAAUAUAGAUAUAUAUAUUUUUAUAAGAAUAUAGGGAAAGGGAGAAAACAGCAAACAAAGAAAAUUGGCAACAAAAUGUGCUGAAAAGGAGUAAACAAUGUGAAAAGGAACUGAAACAAAGUAUAUUUAUUUCUGAAGAAAAAUAAAUCACAUUUUUAUUUAAUUUACUGAAUUCAUAGUUGCACAAUGAGUCUUGAAAACUGUUUCCACCUUAAAUUUGAAUCUGAUAAUCUCUACAAUGCAUGUUUGAAUCAAAGCUCUAACAAUUCUGGGUUCACUGAUGACUUCUACCCUGAACUCAAUUAUGUCAUUGCACCCUUGUAUGGGAUCAUCAUACUGAUUGGACUCAUUGGAAAUAUAACUUUAAUUAAAAUUUUCUGCACGGUUAAAUCCAUGAGGAACGUCCCCAACCUGUUCAUCUCAAGCUUAGCUUUAGGAGAUCUGCUACUUUUGGUGACCUGUGCUCCAGUAGAUGCCAGCAGGUUUAUUGCAGACCAGUGGCUAUUUGGAAGGGUGGGAUGUAAACUUAUUCCUUUCAUCCAGCUCACCUCUGUAGGGGUUUCCGUGUUUACCCUCACAGCACUUUCAGCAGACAGGUAUACAGCAAUAGUGAGACCCAUGGAUAUUCAAACUAACAACGCUCUCACCAAGAUCUGUUUAAAAGCUGCUCUUAUCUGGAUAUUGUCCAUGACCCUUGCCAUUCCAGAAGCUGUAUUUUCUGAUUUACACCCUUUCUAUGACAAACAUACCAAUAAUACCUUUGUUACUUGUGCCCCCUAUCCACACUCAGAUGGAUUGCAUCCAAGAAUCCAUUCAAUGACUUCCUUUCUAAUCUUCUAUGUAAUUCCUCUGUCUAUUAUUUCAGUUUAUUAUUAUUUUAUUGCAAAAAACUUGAUCCGGAGUGCGUACAAUAUGCCAGUGGAGGGAAACGUGCACGUUAGGCGACAGAUUGAAUCCCGUAAGCGACUAGCUAAAACAGUACUGGUGUUUGUGGGGCUUUUCGCUUUUUGCUGGCUACCAAACCAUGUCAUCUAUUUAUACCGCUCCUACCAUUAUUCUGAAGUGGAUACUUCCUUCUUGCACUAUAUUACCAGCAUGUUCGCCCGAGUCUUAGCUUUCACCAACUCCUGUGUGAAUCCAUUUGCUCUUUAUGCGCUCAGCAAGAGUUUUAGAAAACAGUUUAACAAUCAACUGUUUUGUUGUAGACCAAGGCAUAUUGUACGGUCUCAGAGCAUGGGACGAAGCACAACUCGCAUGACUUCUCUGAAAAGCACAAACCAUUCCAUGGCUAGUUUUAGUCUUAUUAAUGGCAAACACAUUUGCCAUGACGGCUGUGUAUAAAACUUGCAAACAAAACACAUUUUUUGCAGACAAUUUUAUGAUUGUGCCAUGUUUAUAUUUUGGUCUUGAGCCACCAUGACUACAAAAGAAAAUAUACUACUGACUUCUAAAUGAAAAA